GAGCCUGUUUAUGAAGUCCUGCUUGUUUAUGAACUUGAUUAACACCUUAUCAAUUUGAUUUGAUUUCAUUAAUCAUCUUUCAUCAUCAUCAUCUCAAAAAAAUGUUCAAAAAUACUCAAUCAACUUCAACUUCGACAAUUUACAAUUCUUAUCAUCCAAGUUCAUUGAGUCCUUUCAUUAGAAAACGUUUGAUUCCAUUCACUUUAGCAUCCAUCCUGUCACUUUACAUUCUUUAUCGAAUCUCAACCAAUUCCUCAUCUCAACCGAUCAAAGACCAUGAAGAAUCUGAUCAAAACAUCGUAUCUUCAAAUGAUCAAUCCAUCCCAACCUCUUCUCACAAAUGGUCUUCCAUAUGGCCAAUUCCUUCUGCUUCACUUUGGUUAUCUAACUUUGCUCAUCAUAAGAAUGAACUAACAGGUGCAUUAGAUGGUGCAAGUCGUGGUGAAUGGCAAUCUCCAACAGCUCCUUUACCGAUUAAUGCUUCACUCAAACAACGUUUAAGAGCUUGGCGUAUGGCUCCUUUACCUGAACCUGCUGUUUGGGUUCAAUUCAACUUACAAACUUGUUCGGAUCAUCGGAUUGGUAAAAAUGCAAAUGUCGAUCUUCUAAAGCGCGCUCAUCUCAUGUGGGCCACGAUGAAUCGGACUCAUUACCGUGACAAGCGAGAAGAAUUGAUCACUCAUCUCGAGACAGCUUCUAGCAAAGGCUACUUAGACCCUAAAAACCAUGGUACUGGUCGCGGUAUUGUCUUUACAGCUGGUAAUGCGGAUACAUUUGUUAGAGUGCUUUUAGGUGUAAGAAUGUUAAGAGAAAAUUUAAAAUGUGAAUUACCCAUUGAAAUCUUUAGUUUUCCAGGUGAAAGACCCACCAAUGAGAUCCGUGAAUCAUUAAGAAGAUAUAAUGUUUCAUUUAAGAUUGUUGAAUGGGCUAAGAAGGAUUCACAUCGAGCUAAAAACUUUCAUAUCAAAGCUUCUGCUUUAGUCAUGUGUUCGUUUCGUGAACCGCUAUAUCUCGACAGUGAUAACCUUCCGGCACUGUUAAAACCAGGUCAACUAGAAAAUCUGUGGGAAUCCAAAGCAUAUAAAAAACUCGGAGCACUUUUUUGGCCCGAUUAUUGGAAGACGCAUGCAGAUGUUCCUAUCUGGCUCUUGAUUGGCACUCAAUGCCGUGACGAAUGGGAACAAGAAGCCGGACAGAUCCUGAUCGAUAAAUCCCGACACCUGGAUGUCUUGUUGCUUUCAGAACAUAUGCUUCAACACUGGCAAUAUUGGUUUCAAAUAUCAGACGGUGAUAAAGAUGUCUUUAGAUAUGCUAUGUUGGCAUUAAGAAAACGUUGGGCACUUCCUGGAAGAUAUCUGGGUGCUGCUGGUUUGUCUUGGAAUACUCAAUCUGGAUAUUGCGGUCAUACCAUGUUACAACAUGAUAUCGAGGGACGACCGUUGUUUGUUCAUAUGAACUUACUGAAACAAAUUCCUAGUGGAAUCAGUCGCGGGACAACAUUCAAGCGAACUCGUGAUACGCAAAUUCCUCUCUUAGCAAAUGAGACAUUGGGAGAUUGGGGAGUGGAAGCAGAUAUGUUGGCAAAUGCUGAUGUGAAUGGAAAAGCGAUUAUGGAUGCACCUGCACCCGUGAGAAGAAGAGCGGCUCUUGAACGUGGCUUAGUACCUUUUCUUCAUGGCGGGUCUGUGUCAGCCGUUUGUGUAGAUGUGAGAUGGUCAGACCCACGUACAGAGUUGGAAAAGGAUUUACAGGAAGGAGAUGGGAUUGAAUGGAAGAAUCCAUUGGAGAUAGCUCAAUGGAAUGCUGAUGAUCGAUUGGCUGGAUUUGAAGAUAAAUUCUUUGAUAUGGGAGGAAGAACCAAUCAAGCGGCUGGGUUCUGAUAUUGUACUGGGUGAUCUUGUUCAGACUCAUGAAGUUACAAACCGAUAUUGGUUUCUUUCAAGGAUUUGUUUGGUAUGAGGAAGAGAAUUGAGUGGAAAGAAACUUGUUGGAUUUGAUAUAGACUUUAUUUUUUUUGAUCUGUGAUCUGUGAUCUUUUUUCAUUGGUUUGUUUUAGUUUUUGGAGUUUAAGUUUGAGUUUGUAGAACUUUUUGCAAUUGGACUGUUUUUAUUUAAGAAC